GACUCUGGUGAUAAGUGAUAAGAAUACCAAUUACAGUGAUAAGUGAGCUUAAAAAACGUCACCAAAAGUACUCUGUGAUAAAAUCGAGGAAGUAUAAGUAUCAUCGUGCUAAAUGUCACACACUGCAUCUCACAAUAGAGUGUCGAUCAUUCGUUUUAAUACAUAUGCUAAAUCAAAAAUUUUUUCAGCAGUGCACAGCUCACUAAUGUUUCUCUUCUAACAUAUUCUUCCCCCAGGUAGAUUUCAAGUUCAAGAACAAAAAAAAAUGGAUGUCAUCAGUAAGAAGGAUCUCAUUGAGACAGUAACCCGACAAGAAGAGGAAUUGAAACGAUACAAGAAGCGUUUUCAAGAUGUUGUCACCGCUCACAAAAAUCUUAUCAAAGAGAAAGAAGCACUGGAGUUGAGUUUGAAGAUCAUGACUGAUUCUGUAGGUACAACAAAACCACAGCCGGAAUCGUCUGCUACAAAACAGGAAGAACCCUCUGAGGAGGAGAAAGGUACAGAUGUCCCCUCUAUAGAAGCUCAGGACCCUGAAGGAAAACAAUCAGAUGAUUCAAAUGUCGCGUUACGCACUCAGCUUAACAAAUUGAUGAAAUCUCUAUCCAGCUUAUCCAAUGAGAAGUCACGAAUGGAAGUGUGUUUUCAGACUGAUAGGAAGCAGCUCCGUCAGGAGAAAGAAAAGGUUCCUAUUUUUGUUUUUUCCCUCUGUAUUGUCCAAGAUAUAGAGCUGCAUCAAAAACUGCAUGAUGAAUGUAAAAAGAGAGAAGAACUAGAACGAAGUGUUGAACUGAAAGAUCAAAGAGAGCAGGACCUAAAGAAUCAGAUAGAAACCCUCCAACAGAAAGUGAGCAAGACGAAAGCCCCAUUGCUGAACCGAUUACACGAGGAAAUGAUUGCAAUGAAGCAGCAGCAUAUGGUCGCCAUCCAACAACCUCUCACCUUGGAAAUGGCAGGUGAGCGGUUUUUCCUGGCCCAAAUCAAAAGCCUAGGGCCAGGCAAAUGCCCAGUCUACCCCCUCCCCCUUCCCUCAAAUGGUGCCCCUGAUAAGAAUCUGUGGAGCAAGAACGAGCAGCAAAGGCAGAAGAACAAGUUCAGCGGUUAG